AUGUCUAAAGUUUCAGUCCCAAUUUCUCCACCAAUGGAGUCUACAGGAGAUAGAUUGAUGACAUUGGAGACCCAGGAUGGAGUAGCCUUGCAAGGUUACUCAUUCGGUGCAGAGGUUCCAGCAGCAGGUGAAGUUGUGUUCCAAACUGGUAUGGUUGGUUACCCAGAAUCCAUCACUGAUCCAUCUUACGAAGGACAAAUCUUGGUUAUCACUUACCCAUUGGUUGGUAACUAUGGUGUUCCAGAUAGAGAACUCAAGGAUGACGACUAUACUCCUGCAUUGCCAAAAUACUUUGAGUCCAACAGAAUCCACAUUGCAGGUUUGGUUGUUGCUCACUACACCGAAGAGUUUUCACACUUUUUGGCCAAAUCCUCUUUGGGUCAAUGGUUGAAGGAACAAAACAUUCCUGCAAUCUAUGGUGUUGACACCAGAGCUUUGACCAAAAAGUUGAGAGAAAAAGGUUCAACUUUAGGUAGAUUGGCCUUGCAAAAAACAGGUAUCAAAUCAGACCAAGUGAUUGCUGAUAAAUCGGGUAACUGGAAGCAAUAUUUCGACGUACCAGAAUAUGACGACCCAAAUGUCAAGAACUUGGUUGCCAAAGUCUCAACUAAAGAACCAGUUUUGUAUACCCCAACAUCCGGAGAAAUUAAAUUGGGUAAAGAUGGUAAGCCAAUCAGAAUUAUCGCCGUUGAUGUUGGUAUGAAGUACAACCAAAUCAGAUGCUUUGUUAGAAGAGGUGUUGAAUUGAAAGUUGUCCCAUGGGACUAUGACUUUUCAGGAGAAAAGUAUGAUGGUUUGUUCAUUUCCAACGGUCCAGGUGACCCAGCCGUUAUGCACGAAACCGUCAAAGUUUUGGAGAAAGUUUUGGCUGAAGCUAAAACACCAGUGUUUGGUAUUUGUCUCGGUCACCAAUUGUUGGCUAGAGCUUCUGGUGCUUCAACAUUGAAAUUGAAAUUCGGUAAUCGUGGUCACAAUAUUCCAUGUACUUCUACCAUCUCAGGAAGAUGUUACAUCACUUCACAAAACCACGGUUAUGCAGUUGAUGCAUCAAGUUUGAACAAUGGUUGGAAAGAAUUAUUUGUUAAUGCCAAUGACGGUUCCAACGAAGGUAUCUACCACGAAACUAAGCCAUUCUUUUCAGUGCAAUUCCACCCUGAGUCCACCCCAGGUCCAAGAGAUACCGAAUUCUUGUUUGAUGUCUUUAUCAACGCUGUUGUUGAGCACAACAAAACCGGUGUUUACAAACAAGUUGAGUUCCCAGGCGGAAAGUUGGAAGAUAACUUGGCUGCUCACCCAAAAGUCGAUGUCAAGAAAGUGCUUGUUUUGGGUUCAGGUGGUUUGUCUAUUGGUCAAGCUGGUGAGUUUGACUACUCUGGAUCUCAAGCUAUAAAAGCAUUGAAAGAAGAAGGUAUCUACACAGUGUUGAUUAACCCAAACAUUGCCACUAUUCAAACUUCAAAGGGUUUGGCUGAUAAAGUUUAUUUCCUUCCAGUUAACCCUGAAUUUGUUCGUAAAGUUAUUAAGCAUGAGCGUCCAGAUGGUAUCUACUGUACUUUUGGUGGUCAAACUGCUUUAAGUGUUGGUAUUGCUUUGAAAGAUGAGUUUGAAGAUUUGGGUGUUAAAGUGUUGGGUACCCCAAUUGAUACCGUUAUUACCACCGAAGAUAGAGAAUUAUUUGCCAGUGCAAUGGCUGAAAUUGGUGAAAAAUGUGCUGAAUCCGAAGCUUGUAACAAUGUCCAAGAAGCUAUUGAUGCCGCAAAUGCAAUUGGAUACCCAUUGAUUGUGAGAGCUGCUUUUGCAUUGGGUGGUUUAGGUUCAGGAUUUGCAGACAAUGAGGAGGAAUUGGUUGCAUUGUGUAACAAAGCUUUUGCCACCUCACCACAAGUUUUGGUUGAAAGGUCUAUGAAAGGUUGGAAAGAAGUUGAAUACGAAGUUGUUCGUGAUGCUUUCGACAAUUGUAUUACUGUUUGUAAUAUGGAAAACUUUGAUCCAUUGGGUAUUCACACUGGUGACUCAAUUGUUGUUGCACCAUCCCAAACAUUGUCAGAUGAAGAUUACAACAUGUUGAGGACUACUGCUGUUAAUGUUAUUAGACAUUUGGGUGUUGUUGGUGAAUGUAACAUUCAGUAUGCUUUGAAUCCAUUCUCCAAGGAGUACUGUAUCAUUGAAGUUAAUGCAAGAUUAUCACGUUCUUCAGCUUUGGCUUCCAAAGCCACAGGUUAUCCAUUAGCAUACACUGCAGCCAAGUUGGGUUUGAACAUUCCAUUGAAUGAGAUCAAAAACAGUGUCACCAGAUCCACAUGUGCUUGUUUUGAGCCAUCAUUGGAUUAUGUUGUUGUCAAGAUUCCAAGAUGGGAUUUGAAAAAAUUCACUCGUGUCUCAGCUUUGUUGUCCUCAUCAAUGAAAUCGGUUGGUGAGGUUAUGGCCAUUGGUAGAACUUUUGAAGAAGCUAUUCAAAAAGCCAUCAGAUCGGUUGACUACCAGAACUUGGGAUUCAACAAGACUGCUGCAUUGAUGUCGAUUGAUAUUGAUCAAGAAUUGCAAACACCAUCAGAUCAACGUUUAUUCGCCAUUGCCAAUGCAUUAACAGAUGGCUACUCAGUAGACAAGGUUUGGAAAUUGACCAACAUUGACAAAUGGUUCUUGAACAAAUUGGAUGGCUUAAUCAAAUUCGGUAACAAGAUCGCAAGCUUUGGUAAGAAAGAAAACUUGCCUGUAUCCAUUAUUAGACAAGCCAAGCAAUUAGGUUUUGAGGAUAGACAAAUUGCCAAGUUUGUUGACAGCAACGAAGUUGCCAUUAGAAGAUUGAGAAAGGAUGCUGGUGUUAUCCCAUUUGUGAAGCAAAUCGAUACUGUUGCAGCUGAGUUCCCAGCUUUUACCAAUUAUUUGUACAUUACUUACAAUGCUGAUUCCUCGGAUGUCGAAUUCAAUGAUCAUGGUGUAACUGUCUUGGGAUCUGGUGUUUACAGAAUUGGUUCUUCGGUGGAGUUUGAUUGGUGUGCCGUGAGAGCUAUCAGAACUUUGCGUGAGAACAAAAUUAAAACAAUCAUGAUCAACUACAAUCCAGAAACUGUGUCUACCGAUUAUGAUGAAGCCGAUAGGUUGUACUUUGAGACUAUCAAUUUGGAAAGAGUUUUGGAUAUCUACGAGUUGGAGCAAUCAGCCGGUGUUAUCAUUUCCAUGGGUGGUCAAACUUCAAACAAUAUUGCCUUGCCUUUGUACAGACAAAAUGUCAAGAUUUUGGGUACAUCACCAGAAAUGAUUGACUCUGCCGAGAAUAGAUACAAAUUCUCAAGAAUGUUGGACAAAAUUGGCGUUGACCAACCAGCCUGGAAGGAGUUGACCUCUAUCGAUGAGGCCGAAGGUUUUGCCGAAGCUGUUGGUUACCCUGUCUUGGUCCGUCCAUCUUAUGUCUUGUCAGGUGCUGCCAUGAACACUGUUUACUCUAAGGAUGACUUGGCAUCAUACUUGACUCAAGCCGUUGAUGUGUCACCUGAUUACCCAGUUGUCAUCACCAAGUACAUUGAAAACGCCAAGGAAAUCGAAAUGGACGCUGUUGCCAAGGAUGGUCAAAUGGUUAUGCACGUUGUGUCCGAGCACGUUGAAAACGCAGGUGUUCACUCAGGUGAUGCUACAUUGAUUGUUCCUCCACAAGAUUUGGAUCCAGAAACUGUUCGCAGAAUUGUUGAAGCUACCGCCAAGAUUGGUAAAGCAUUGGACAUCACUGGUCCUUACAACAUUCAAUUCAUUGCCAAGGAUAACGACAUCAAGGUUAUUGAAUGUAAUGUUAGAGCUUCAAGAUCUUGUCCAUUUGUUUCCAAGGUUGUUGGUGUUGACUUGGUUGAAAUGGCCACCAAGGCAAUUAUGGAUUUGCCAAUUACCCCAUACCCAGGUGAAAGAUUGCCUGAGGACUACUGUGCAGUUAAAGUUCCACAAUUUUCAUUCUCUAGGUUGGCUGGAGCAGAUCCAGUUCUUGGUGUUGAAAUGGCUUCUACUGGUGAGGUUGCUACGUUUGGUAAGAACAAGUACGAAGCGUACUUGAAAUCAUUGUUGUCCACCGGCUUUAAAUUGCCAAAGAAGAAUAUUUUGUUCUCGAUUGGUUCUUACAAGGAGAAGCAAGAGUUGUUGCCAAGUAUUGCUAAACUUAAUGAGUUGGGUUACAAGAUCUUUGCCACUGCCGGAACUGCUGAUUUCAUCAAGGAACACAAUAUUCCUGUUCACUAUUUAGAAGUCUUGAGUAAAGAUGAGAACCAAAAGUCUGAAUACUCCUUAACACAGCAUUUGGCAAACAACUUGAUUGACUUGUAUGUGAACUUGCCAUCAUCCAACAGAUUCCGUCGUCCAGCUUCAUACAUGUCCAAGGGUUACGAGUCACGUCGUAUGGCUGUUGACUAUGCCAUCCCAUUGGUGACCAAUGUCAAGAACGCCAAAUUGUUGGUUGAAGCAAUUGCAAGAAAUAUUUCUCUUGAUGUUAGCAACAGAGACGCUCAAACUUCGCACGGUACAUCAAUUUUGCCAGGUUUGGUCAAUGUCACUUCAUUUGCCACUUCCUACAAUGACUUUGAAAAAGUCACCAAAGCUUCAUUGGCUGCAGGUUUCACUUUUAAUGCGUUUUUGCCACACACUCAAACCGGUGCUGCCGUAACCGACUAUAGGUCCUUGGUUGAUGCAAUUGAUCAAGCUGAGGCAAGUGCUUAUACUGAUUUUUCAGUCUCCAUUGCCGCUUCUGAAACCAAUGCUCAACAAACCGCUGACGCUGCUGAUAAUGCUGGUGCAUUGUACAUCCCAUUCAAUGAUAUUGAUGGUUCCAAGAUCUCAACCGUUAGUGCACACUUUUCUUCAUGGCCACACAACAAGCCAAUUAUCACUGAUGCAAAGGCAACCGACUUGGCAUCUGUUUUGUUGUUGGCUUCAUUGCACAAUAGACCAGUCCAUAUCACUAAUGUCUCGUCAAGAGAAGAUUUGGAUUUGAUUUUGAUGGCAAAGAACAAAGGCUUGUCCGUUACUUGCGAUGUUGCUGUUUUAACUUUGUUCCUUUCCAAGAAUGAAUUGAACUUCCCAUUCUUGCCAUCCAAGAGUGAUCAAGAGUACUUGUGGAAAAACUUAUCCAGCAUUGAUUGUUUCUCUAUUGGUGUAUUGCCAUACUUGGUUGCUAGAGCCAGUAAAGAAGAAGUUGUUCCAGGUUUGGGAAUUAGCGAAACCCUUCCAUUGCUUUUGAGUGCGGUUAACGAAAAGAAACUUACCAUCAAUGACAUUGUUGAAAAAUUCCACAACAAUCCAGUCAAGAUCUUCAACAUUCCAAAGCAAGACGCCCAAGUUGUCAUUGACUUGGACAGAUACUCAAAUGUCAAGCCAGUGUUCCCAGACUUUAACAAGUUGAAAUUGAGAGGUGCUGUCGAGAGAGUCUCAUUCCAUGGGGACACUGUUGUUUUGGAUGGUGGUGUUCUUGCUGACUCUUCAUUGGGUAGAAAUGAAGUGGCCGCUGUACCACAGUCUCCAUCAUUGGGCCACAAGAGAGUUUCAUUUUCCAGUGCUCGUCGUCCAUCGUUUGCUCCAGAGACUCCAGAGCCACAACCAGCUGUUUUCGAAAAAUUGGGUUCAGAAUUGGUUUCACAACCUGUAGCUGGCUCCACUGGCGAAAUUGCUGCCAUCAGCGACUACAUUAGAAAAAACAACUGCUUUUUGAGAAACAACAUUUUAUCUGUUAAGGAUAUUACCAGAUCCGACUUGCAUUCGUUGUUUACAAUUGCUCAAGAAAUGAGAAAUGGUGUUGAAAGACAAGGAGUGUUGGAUAUCUUGAAAGGUAGAGUUUUGGCUACUAUGUUCUAUGAGCCAUCCACCAGAACCUGUGCUUCAUUUGAUGCUGCUAUGCAAAGAUUGGGCGGUAGAGUUAUUGGGGUUGAUUCUCACUCUUCUUCAGUUAAGAAAGGAGAGACUUUGCAAGACACAAUUAGAACAUUAUCAUGUUAUGCAGAUGCGGUAGUUUUAAGACACCCAAGUGAAGAAAGUGCUGAUAUUGCCGCCAAGUAUUCUCCAGUUCCAAUCAUUAAUGCCGGUAAUGGAACCAAAGAGCACCCAACUCAAGCCUUGUUAGACUUGUUCACCAUUAGAGAAGAAUUGGGUACUGUCAAUGGUAUUACUGUUACAUUCAUGGGUGACUUGAAGUACGGAAGACCAGUUCAUUCAUUGGUUCACUUGUUGCGUCACUACCAAGUCAGAGUCCAAUUGGUUUCUCCACCAGAGUUGCAAAUUCCAAAAGACAUCAAGGACUUGUUGGUGAAGAACAACAUGUUGGUUGCUGAAUCCGAGACUUUGACCAAGGAGAUUCUUGCUAGAUCAGAUGUCUUGUACUGUACAAGGGUUCAAGAAGAAAGAUUCGAAGACAAAGAGCAAUACCACAGAUUGAAGGACACCUACAUUGUUGACAACAAGUUGUUGAGCAAUGCUAAGCAACACAUGUGUGUCAUGCACCCAUUACCAAGAACCAAUGAGAUUAGAGAAGAAGUUGAUUUUGAUCAAAGAGCUGCAUAUUUCAGACAAAUGAAGCACGGUUUGUACAUCAGAAUGGCGUUGUUGGCUAUGGUUAUUGGAGUCGACUUCUAA